ACCCCCUUUCUUUGCCUCUCUUCUUUGUUCGAAUUUUACUUUAGGAAAGAAAUCUAGAUAGAUGACAAAGUUUGCGCAUGCGCCUCACGCGCGAUAUUUAAAUCGACAAACCCAAACAACGUCAGGAGAAUGUCAUCCAAACAAGGAAGCAGAGUUCAUGUUGCUAUCCGUCUGAGACCUGCAUUAAAGCCCCAUGAAGAUGACGGUAAGGAGCCCUGCGUGCGGGGCCUCUCUGAUAAAGCCCUUGAGAUCUGGAACUGGCGAGACACAGAACAGAGUCUUCAUUUUGAUUUUGAUGCAUAUCUUGACAGCAAGGCAUCACAGAAGAAUGUAUAUGAUAGAUGUGUGAAGCCUCUACUCACCCAUGCACUCAAUGGUCAAAAUGCAAGUGUGUUUGCGUAUGGUCCAACAGGCACAGGUAAAACAUUCACCAUGCUAGGAUCCGAAGACAAUCCAGGGGUCAUCCCAAGGUCACUGAACCACAUCUUUCAUGUUAUCAACCAGGAGAAACCAAAAGAAGAAGGAGGAGGAGAUUGGAGCUAUUCAGUAUCUUUCUCCUAUCUGGAGAUUUACCAAGAGAAGAUUUAUGAUCUCCUGGAGCCAAAAGGUCACGACCUCUCAAUACGAGAGGACAGAAAGAGAAACAUCUUUAUCCCUAAGCUAGCAGAGAAAACCAUCAACAGCUUUAAUGAGUUUGCCAAGUAUUUCAUACCAGCCAGUAGAAAUAGGACGACAGCUGCUACUAAACUGAACAGUCGCUCAAGCCGAAGCCAUUCCAUUCUCCUACUCAAAAUAGUAAAGGAGAGAAAAGACGGAUCCCAGCAUCACAUACAGACUGGUAAACUAUAUCUCAUAGAUCUGGCUGGGAGUGAGAACAACAAGAAGACUGGUAACAAAGGCAUUAGGUUGAAGGAGAGUGGUGCCAUCAACACAUCUCUGUUUGUGCUGGGUCAGGUGGUAGAUGCCCUCAACCAGAGACUGCCACGAAUCCCAUACAGAGACAGUAAGCUUACAAGAUUACUGCAGGACUCUCUAGGAGGCAGUUCCCAUGCUUGCAUGAUAACCAACAUAGCCCCAGAGGAGAAGAACUACAUGGACACCUACACAACCCUUCACUUUGCUGCCAAGUCAAAGCAGAUCAUUAACAAACCUUUCACCAGGGAGACCACUCAGACCAUCGCUGCCCCACCCCCCAGGAAGAGACCACUGGAGGAGGAUGACCGGUCAAGAUCUACCAAGGCUAGAGCUCUAGAUGUAGAUGGCAGACCGGUAGCUCAUAGCAAAGAUGCAUUGCUCAAGCCUCUCUUAGACCGACAAGCAAACUUUGAGUCCACCGUGCAUCAAAGGCUGCAUUCACUCGAACAGAACCUUCUCAAACAAAUGAAGAAUGCCAAAACACAAGUCAAAACCCCAACAUCUAAGAAGCUUUUGAGUGAGGUGAAGGGCAUGAGGAGAGAGCUAAGCAGUAUGAACAGGAAGAAAGAGAUGACUUCCAACAAGCCUGACAGACGGAGUACCUUCACUCUGAAUGAUCCUAAUAGACCCUCGCUACCUCAAGCUGUGGUGAAACCAUUGUCAGUUGCAACCGGCCAAUCAACCUGCAAUGUUCCAGCUCAUAACAAAGAGACACACACAAAGCCAAAGGUUCAUGACAAAGAGAAGAAUGCCAAAUCAUCCCACAAGUCAAAUACUGUCAAGUUUGUCAAAGCUGUCACCACAUCUACGUCAUCAUCAGCAGGUGGGUCUGACAUGAAGGAGAAUCAGUGGCAUCUCAAGCUAGAUCCAGAGUUUCAAGCCAAGCACAGGAAUGAGAUCCUGAAGACGUUGAACGAGGGGACCGUCAAACAGCUCAAGUCACUCCAGAGCGUGGGAGAGAAAAGGGCGCAGCUCAUCCAUCACUGGAGACAGGCUUUCGGAUCAUACAGUCAGAUUAAAGAUCUCUACAAAGUGACAGGACUACCAACCAAGACAGUUGACAAUAUCAUUGGGAAUAAUCUCCUAUACACCUCAGCAUGAUGAAGGCGAGAUGAGCAAUGAGAUGAAGUCAUCUUUUUUCUUCAAUUGAUCAUGAUCCAAUAAUGGCACACUUUACUGUUAUCAGCGUGAUCAACCUAUAGAGGGCAUGUAAGGUCAUGUAACGGUCAGAUAUAUAUCUGGACAACUCAUCGGAAAUUUAGGAUAUAAUGCAAUGCAUUAUGUUGAUUUAUGAUUCAUCAUCAUCAUAAGACGGCCACAGCAGAGAUCGAGUCCACUCUUUGAUGCCUCAAGCUCUUUUGAAUCAUGACCUCCAGAAUGUCCAUUAACCUGAAGUUAGAUGAGGGGCAAUUGUAUCCCUGAAAUUGUGGGGGCGUUGGCCCCUUUUUGGGGCAGGGCAGCCUCCCACAGAAGAUUUAUGAUUGGUCAGCCUGAAAACCUACCCAUAUUGAAAUGUAGCAUGAAAGACUUCUAAAAUGGAACAAUUAUUCUACUUCAAUCAAAGUAAUACAAAGUCAAUAUGUACCUUUGAACAUAAGAAUGAUGUUUUUAUUUGAAUUUUAGCCUCCAUUUUUCUCCUUUAUUUUAUUGUAAUCAUGCCUGAUUAUAAGAUGUAAAUUAUCUUAAACGAUGUAUUUAUCACAUCUGCAAUUAUAAUUUGAUUUGAAAUAAACCUUGAAGAGGGAUGAAUUUAUGCUAGUGAUUAUACAUGUUAAAAAAACUCAUACAACUUAUGUAUGAAACAUAUGUACUAGAGCAUUGAAUUAAGUUAACCUAUACCAUAACAUUUAAUUUGAUUGUUUCAUUGAGUUUAUCAAGUGGUUAUUCAUAAAAUGGAAUGUUAUUAUCUAUUUUUUUAAACAUAUAUGUAUACUGUGUAUUUAGUGGUAAUAGAGUGGUGAAGUGUGACGUCAUCAAAAAUCUAUUUUUAGAAUUUCUCAUUUUUUUCUGCAUUUUCCGACAGAGCAUAAAAAUAAUGU